AUGCAGACAGAUGGCCUGCUCCCUUUGUCAGAGAGUACAGAUUCGAACAGCGAGGAAGAUGACACCGAAAAUGCCAAUGACAGGCAGAACAUUAAACGAAGUAGUACUGCCACCGAAAGCAUCCUCUCCACUUCUACGAAGGAGUGUUCGUCGAAGGCGCCUCCCCACACUGUUCUCUAUGAGAGCUCAUCAUCCACGGAGAUCGCUAGCAAAACUAUCGAACGGCCUACCAUCACCACUCGCCAGCCCUGGCUCUCCGGCAACACUUCCCACAACGUUGAGUAUCGCCGUGCUCUUCGCUGCAAUGACAUCCUCGAGUACCGCAGACUGAACAUUGCACGGUACAUCUCUUUCAAGGCCAACAGCGAGCCAUACUUGGACAACGAGGCAGCAAAACUUGAAAACCAAACCCGCCGCAAUGAUCAUAGCCUGAUCUACUGCCUUCUGCGCAGUGCCUGCUGUGGCCCUCAGAAGAAGGUCACCCACAUAUGGCCCAGAGACGGCGUCAUCAUAGUUGCCUUGCCCACUGGAGUGAGCACUUCCAGUAACCCUUCCAACGUCUCCGCCCAACCCCAAUUUCUUCAAUGCCGCCGCCACCACCACCGUCUGCAACAAUGA